CCCCCCACUUCCACCCCGAGUCCCGGUGCCACUGCCCGCCAUGGAGCCCAGCGGGGCUCAAAGCGGCCCCGCCGCCUGCCUGGCCUUCAGCCGCACCCGCAAGGGGCUGGUGCUCGUUGGGGAGAUCGUGCUGUGUGUGCUGGCGCUGAUUUGCUACGGGGCCUCGCGCACUCCCGGUUACACGGGCCUGGCCAUCUGCGAGCUCGUCUUCGCCGCCCUCAUCCUCCUCGCCUGGGGGUGCCGCGUGGCCCCCCAAAUCACCUUCAUCCACUGGGGCUGGACCGAUUUCAUCCGCUGCGUCAUCGGGUGCCUCCUCUUCCUCAUCACCUCCCUCAUCGUCAUCAUCGGCCACCGCGACGGCGCCGGCAUCGCCGCGGGGGUGUUGGGGCUCCUGGCGGGGAUCCUCCUGGGCUACGACGCCUACAUCACCCUGCCCACCCGGCAGGGCCACAGCGCCGCCCCAACUGAGUCCCCAGACGGCGCCUGAACCCCAAACCUGCUCAGAAUCACCCCAAAACUCCCCCUCCCCCCGGGGGGGGGCAGCUUUAAAUUAUUGGGGGGUUGGGGGGGGAGGGGGG